AUGGCGCCCCGCAAAGAAAAGAAGACCGGCGAUUCGAUUAAUUCUCGACUUGCUUUGGUUAUGAAGUCUGGGAAGGUUACGCUGGGAUACAAGUCCUCGUUGAAGAUGCUUCGUAUGGGCAGAGCCAAAUUGGUGCUGAUUUCUGGCAACACGCCACCUCUUCGCAAAUCGGAGCUUGAGUACUAUGCUAUGCUCUCGAAGAGUCCUGUUCACCACUUCAACGGUAAUAACAUUGAGCUCGGAACGGCAUGCGGUAAACUCUUUCGAGUUUCGACUAUGGUGGUCCUCGACGGUGGCGACUCCGAUAUUCUAAGCCAGGUUGUUGCUUGA